GUAUGUGUAUGUGUGACUGUGAGUGCCCCCUACCCCAUCCCUCCACCCCCCUAUCUCUUUACAGGACUGCCAGCCCGUCUAGAGUUAUUCCAGGAAUGCGUUGAACAUGGCUGCCGCGAUGAAGGCACAGAAAACGGGACUGCUGGAACUUCGAGUGACCGUGGACCGUUGGAUUCGGGUGUUGGCCACACUUACCGAGGACACGCUCACGGUAAACCCCGGGGAAGGUGCCGAGGAGCCCGCGAAGCCCAACCCGACUCCCACCGGUGCUAUCAACGGAGACCCCCCGAACCUCAGCUCUUCCCCGGUCCCGGAAACCAUCACCAACGUUAAGCGCACCGUGCGAGUUACCAAGCAAGAUGUUGGAGGACUUGGAAUCAGUAUCAAAGGUGGGAAGGAGAACAAGAUGCCAAUUCUCAUUUCCAAGAUAUUUAAGGGCCUGGCUGCCGACCAGACAGAGGCGCUUUAUGUUGGAGACGCCAUAUUGUCUGUCAACGGUUAUGACUUACGGGAGGCCACACAUGAUGAAGCUGUCCAAGCGCUUAAGAAAACUGGCAAAGAAGUCAUCCUUGAAGUGAAAUACAUCAAGGAGAUGUCAGCCUUCUUUAAAAGCUCAGGGUCCCCAGGCGCCACCCUCCCCUGGGAGUCUCCCCCAUCCACACCCCAGAGGGGCACUGAGCUCUCGCCCGCGGAUAUGAAGGAGCCCCGCAGCAUCCAGCUAAAGAUGUGCCAAGUGUCACGAAAACAGUGCCCCCCAGAUACAGAAAACAGGUAUUUCGAGGUGAUUUCAUCCAACAGAAAGAACUCUGUGUUCCUGCGGGCAAAAGACCCAGCCAUGGCCCAGUCCUGGUACAAUGCCAUCCAGAUGGGUGCUGCCAACCUUUUACCACGAGUGAAGGAGGAGUUGAAGAGCAUGCAGCCGGGCAUUGAGGUCAAACAUUUGGGCUGGAUUACAGAGCAGGUCACCCAGGGUCCAGAAAGACCAGUGCUGGCUGUGUUGACUGACAAAGACCUGCUCCUGUAUCAGACACUGCCUGAAAGCAAAGAGAGCCUCAGCAGCCCUGCCAAGAGUCACCCGCUUAUUGCUACCAGACUGGUCCACUCCGGCCCAGGGAAAAGUUCUCCUCUCCUGGACUCCGACCUCUCAUUCGGACUGAGAUCUGGCACCAAGCAAGGUGUGGAGACUCAUGUGUUUAGGGUGGAUUCUGCCAAGGAGCUGUCCACCUGGACUCAUCUGCUGGUGGAGGGCUGCCAUAAUGCUGCUGAGCUCAUCAAGGAGGUCACCACGGCUUGCAGUUGGAACGGGAAGGAGUGCACCCUGGGUGUGCACAUCGAUGAUGGCUUCACACUCUUCACAGAGGAGAUGGGUGUAAGGAAAAGCGUUCUGCUCCAGCAGCCCUUCGAGCGUCUAAGAAUGUCCUCAGACGAUGGGGUCCGCAUGAUGUUCCUGGACUUUGGAGGCCCUGAGGCUGAGAUUCAACUGGACCUUCACUGUUGCCCCAAGACCAUCGUCUUCAUCAUCCACUCUUUCCUGUCUGCUAAAGUCAAGAGACUUGGCCUCCUGGUGUGAUAACGGCCGACCAUCCAGAGUGUAAACAAUAGGAAUAUUCAAUAAAACACAAAGACCAGAGGACUGAACCAUCACAGGACGUGACCCAUGAACAGGCACCGACUAACCCUUCUUUUCUCUAAAGUUAUCGUCUCUGAUCAGACCACUCCUGGUGUUUUUAGGGAAAUGAAGAGAAAACUUUAAUGAUGUUGGAACUUCAGUGGGUAAAAAGGGUUUUAAAAAAAGUUUGUACCGAUGGCUUGAGCCAGCAGCCGUUUAAGGGAUCUGAAAUCUGUGAAAUGUGUAUCAGUAGGUCAUGACACUUAAUGACGGUGAACUGUGUGAAUAUGUCAGCCUGCAUCUUCAUGUUUCUAAGCUUCUAAGUCCCAAUCAUUUCAUGUUUUUUGGCCUAUUGUUCAGUUUUUGUUUAGUUUCAUGAGUCACAGCAGGCCUUUGUCACGAGCAUCCUUUCAUGUUUCAAUCUUUGACAGCAGUUAUGUCACAAACGUCCUGAUUGAUGUUGGACAAACAUGUCUUUGAUGAAGGCAGCUUCAGUGGAGUGACAGAAUGACGGGCCUGAACAAUGAACAGCAUACAACUAAACAAAAUUCUUUUUAUGAAAAAGCUUGACUACCAACUACCAAAUGUUAUUUUCUAGCUCAAAACUUAUUUUAUUUUCAUUUCAGUGUCUGUCCCUUACUAUUUAAGGCUUGCUCAUAUUAAUGCUUAACAAAGAAAAUGAAUUGUAGUAUAAGGCCCCCUUUUUAAAAAAAAUAAAUAAAUAAAAAAGCUCCUGUGAGGAAUUUUUGGUUUGUUUCAAAUUUGGUUGCCCGGGCGGAUACAGCAGUACCUUUUAUCUCUUAGCUGAUUCAUCCUGCACAAGUGCAAGUGGUAGUUUUAUUAUUUAUUAUAGAUUUAUUUUGGAGAUUGUUUGCCUUUAUUUGAGAGAUAGGGCAGUAGAUAGUGCUGGAAACAGGUAUGAGAGAGUGGGGAAUGAUGUGCCGUGAAAAAGCCACAGGUUGGACUUGAACCUGGGCCACAUGCGUACAUGGGGCGUGACCUAACCACUAAGCCAUCUGCACCCUACAAGUGGUGUUUUUAAACAAAAAUCCCCCUACUUUCUUUAACAGUCAAAUGUAUCACAUAUUGACAACCCUAACAGCAAAGAUGCUUCAACCGUAUCUGAUGCCUUUCCCUCAGCAUUCAAAAUAAUCUGAUGGAAAUAGUCAUUAGUGGGGUUUCAGUCCAGCAGUUUUAUUGUGACUUUACUAUUUGGGCACAUAAAAACUGACAAGAAACUCUGCGAAUUAAAAGAAAGAACUCAAAAUAUUGCAAAAACAAUGUUAUGCUUUGUCAAGUUGACUUGUCAGUAAAAGGCAAAUGUGACAUUUUGUAGUGGAAUCAAAUUUAGUGAGUAAACAAGGACAUUUCUGGAUGGAAACAUUUAAGUGUACUUAAAAAAGAUGUUCAAAACUCUAUUCCUGCAGAGAAGAAUCCUCCUCUGUUUAUCUCUUCACUAGCUUUUACAAUAUAGGCUAAAAUCUACUAUAAUGUAGCAUUGGGGCCUCAUCCUCUGCAGUGUUUUGUCAUCUUUUGUGUGAGUGGAACCUCCUACUGCUCAACCUGUUGACUCAAUUCUUGCAUGACAACAGAGGAUGAAAUCAUGCAUACACAUGCAUUUUUCUUUUGUCAGUUCUGUUAAAAUUUGCCACAUAUUUAGUGGUUUAGUUUCUAAUGCUGAUAGUCCACUUUGCUUUUUUAGGACAUAAAUAGGUAUCAGUAAUAAUUUCACUGUUUCAUAGCCAGCUAAAAAUCCUCACAGGAGCUUUUAAACGUGUUGUAGCAUAGCCAAUUAGAAAAUGCAUAUUUAUUGAAACUAAGAAAGAACACCCAUUAAAAUCUGGAUUAAAUUAGUCAGAGUGCAGAUGUAGAUGAACCUCAGCCCACGUUGUUUUUGAAUCAUAUUGACAAAGACUGUUUCAUAAUCAUGCUUUAACAGUUUGCUUAAUGAGUGCCAGUUUAAAUGAGCUACUUCCCCUGUGUGGACAAAAUACAAAAACAUACAAAGCUAAUCCAACAAAUAAGAGUUUAUGUUAACUUCUCAUGAUUCAGUCACUUCAUAAGACACACAGCCUUCAUCAAACACCAGUUUUAAAUGUAAUUCUUUUAGUUUACCAUGUAACAAUGUUGAGUUGUUUACAUCAUUAAGUGAUUCUUUCUUUUUGUGUUGUUUGACUGAACCUCUGUAACUUGGGGCCUUCUCUCCGUGUCCACCACUAAACAGACUUGUAUUAAUAUAUAUUUCAACACUAAACCAUGUUUGCUUUGGAAAUCAAAACAAAUGUAUUGUAUAUUCUUAUUUAAACAAAGGUGUGCCUUGCAGGGUUGUUUGUAUAUAAACAUGUAAUAAACUUUGUUAACUUUUA